GUGGUGCCAACCGAAAUCGACAGUCAGUCCUACGGAAAUCAUUUCGUUUCAUCAUAAACUAGAGAUUACCUUAAUCGGGGGGCGUCAAAUUAUAAUUGGUGAUGGUUGUUGGGUUGGUAGCGUUGGAAAGUGUCGUCAACUCGGGCGAAAUUCAUCAUUAGCUGUUUUUCAAAGCUGUUUUAUUUUAAUCGUUCGCAGCGUGAAUUUCGUAAUGCGGUAAGUGCGGUGUUAAAAAUAAUCGGCUGGGUCUAAAUUUAAAACGGGUGCUGUCAGGUUUCAUUGCGUCGAGCUGGGUGAAAAUUGCUGAGUGAAAUUCCCGAGUGGAAUUCCGCGCGAUAAUGAUCGAGUGUUUAAACUAAAAAUUCGAUUUGGUGAUUGUGCCUGGGCACAAGGGUAAAUACUGGCGAUUUAAAACGUUUGGUUAACUUUCAAAUAACUGUCAGCUGUCACUGUUAUUGCUAUUGCUAUUGUAAAUAUGUCUGAUGAUGGGCUCAGUGACUAUUUUGAGGAACCUUCCAUGGAAAUUCAAAUCAAAACUUUAAUGGGCACAUCUUUUGAUAUGAAGGUCUCCUCCACAGACACUAUUGGCGACAUCAAAAGGAAAAUUUUUCGUGUUGAAGGAAUACCGAUCUACCAACAGAACCUGAUCUUCCAAUCGAAGGAGCUGAAAGACACGUUCCGCAUCUGUGACGCCGGCAUCCGCAACGGCUCAACGAUCUCUCUGGUGGUGUCGAUGCGCGGCGGUCCGAUCUCGACUCGUCGCUUGUCCGUCGCCUGCGAUCACCAUCUCGUUCUUAAAGAACUGAAGGAGUUAUUGGAGAGCACCCGCGAAGAGCUCGGCGAGAAACUGUCGCCGGGUUCGAAAGUUUCUGUGCUCGUAUUCAAGGAGGGCGACAUAAUCAAUUUGCUGCGCGUGAUCGAGAACGAGGACGGUUCGUACAGUCCGUACAGUGAAAAACCAAUCUCACCGCCGGCUAAGAGACAUCGUCACUACCAUCAUCAUAGGCACCACCAUCACUCCAAGGAUCACAACCAUCAUCACCAUCAUCAACAGUCGCAGCCGUGCUCGAGCGGGAUUCGGUCCAGGGUCAGUGGCGUCUUCGAUCGGCUGGCCGAGGAUGAAACGAUGUCGAAUAAGAUCGACAGUCUCCGCAAGAAAAUGGAAGAGCUGAACCUUAAGAAGCAAAUGCGAACAGCUAAACCGGCUAAAUCUGCGACCACAAACGAUGAUCAGACCCCUUCCAAAAGCAAUCCUAAAUCCGACACUAAUUCCUCCUCAUCCACAGUCACAACCGGAUUAAAAGAAGCUGAAAAGGAACAAAAGGAUGUGGACGAACUCGAGGCGAUCAUGUUCGGCGAGAUUGCCGCCGUCGACCUCUCGCAAGCGAACAAGAAGUUUAAAUUCUUGAACGAGUGCGCCGCUAAAAUGUUGGACGACGUCGAUCUGACCAUAUUCGAGAAGAGUUUUGAGGAGGACGUCUCUGAAACCGAGGAGAUCGCUCUCAAAGAUAAACAUAGGACAAAGGCACGGCUCGCGAAACAGCCGUUAAAAAAAUCAUUGUACAGCGAGAGCGGCGGCGAGUUGUCGCAUUCUCGCCAAAACUACGCACGCAUCCACAAGAAAACCAAGGAACUACGAUUGGGCGGCGUAGGUGAUGGUCGUACGCGCGAACGCAGACCAACAACCCCUCCACUUAGCCUAGACGCCACCGCUAAACCGUUCGAACCUCAACCUUCCCUGACAUUGCCAACGGACGAGAAGACCCUCGAAGAAGGUGACGAAAUGAAAUUACCACCCUUUGGGGAAUCUCUAACUGUGUCGGCAAGGAAUAGGGUACAUUUAACUAGACUUGUGCUGUCCGAUGGCGUUGAACGUCCGAAAAGCAGCCCAGAUAGUAUAGAAUUGGAGGAGAAUGCACAGGAUUUGUGGGAGAUACACGAACCGGCGACCGAACGGUUGAAGCAUAGCGCCACAUGCAAAGUGGGUGGACUUUUGAAGCAGCGUCGUCAGAGCGUCGACUACGGUUUCACCGAAGGUUUGGACAAUCCCACCAACGUUAACAACGGUAUUGAUUAUUGCAAAAACUCGUCUGACUUUGAGGUAUGCUCCGGAUACAACUAUCACAUGCCGCCGUUCGUGUCGUCGCCGAGCGCGAUACCGCCUCAGUACGCGCCCAAGGAUCAAGGUCUAUGCGACUACUACUUCAGCAGUAACCGGUCACCUUUGUACGGCAGGAAGAGUAAAACGACAUCUGGUGGACAGGAGGAUGUGCACCACGUGCCUGGUGGUCCCCUGCCCGAGCUUAACAACGACAAGUUCAACUUUUUGGGCGAGUGUAGCAGCAUCCAGCGACUGAAAAACGACGAGUUCAGUGACAGUUUGUUUUCCGCGUGCGACGAUAUCGACAUUGGUCUGUACGGUUAUUAUAAUUUAGGGUGCACGACGGAGACAGCCGGUGACAAGCCGACGCAAGAGCAGAAGGACGAGAAGGAGGCCGUCAAGCUACCGCCAGUCGUCAAAAAGAAAUCUCGUUGCGGCGAGUGCAACAAGAAAUUGAACAUAACGAACAUAUAUAAUUGCCGUUGUGGUAAGAUAUUCUGUUCGCAACACCGGUACUCGGAGGUGCAUCGGUGCAGCUACGAUUACAAAAUGGAAGGUAAGAAGAUCCUGGAGCAGCAGAACCCACGCGUCACCGCGGAAAAGGUCUCUAGGAUAUAAAAUGGAAAAAGCAGUGCCUAACUAUUGUAUAAUUUUCAACUAAUGCUGUAUGUCGAUAAAAUAUAUUUAUAUUUACACUGUC